AUGCAUACCAUACCACCCUCGUUAAUCGGAGCUUCUGUAGGGCUUGUAGCCCAUCACGGUCUCUUCAUACAUGGAGAAUGGCAUAUUCACGCUCCCUCCAUCCUCCUCUCUCAUCUGGUUGGCUUCGCCUCUUUGGUUCUCAUGGUUGAAACAGGCUGGCAGAUCAUCUUGAGCUACCUCUUCGCCCUAUUCUCCAGCAUCGUCACCUACAGGCUCUUCUUUCACAGACUCGGACACUUUCCGGGACCGUUCUGGCUUCGUACCUCAAAGAUAUGGCAUGUGUGGAAGGCGCGCACCUCACAGAACCAUUUCUUCUUAGAAAAGGUCCACAGGAAGUAUGGAGAUGUUGUCCGGACUGGCCCAAGCGAGGUUACAGUCUUCCAUCCAGAUGUCUUCAUGGCCAUUGACGGGCCCUCGAGCAAGUGCAGCAAGGCUGAAUGGUAUGACCUACUACACCCAAACACGGGUCUGGUCACCACCCGAGAAAAGGAUCUACACAAAGACCGUCGGCGUCGAUGGAACCGGGGAUUCACGCCUAAGGCGCUCGUCCAGUACAAAAACAAAGUCCACACGCCCAUCAGCCAGCUCGACAACUGCAUCCAGACCGAUAUUGCAUCCGGUCAAGCCUCGGAGCUCUUCGAUUUGGUCUUCUGGCUUACCUUUGACCGUAUGGGGGAGUUUGUGCUGGGCAGGAGCUUUAACAUGCUCACUAACCAGUCCUGGCAUAGGAUUAUUCUUCUCCUGCAAAAAGCCAUGGGCAUUCUGGGACCUCUGAGCCCUACGCCCUGGGUAGUGCAGAUUGCAUUCAAGCUUAUGCCCCAUGUUGGUGUAUUGAAUGACUGGUUCACCAUGACAAAUUGGUGCGAGGAGCAAGUGAGAAAGAUAAAAAUGCCCGACGAUAUGUCAGCCGAAUCGCCCAUCCUCGCACACUACCUCAAGCACGAUACCCACGAGGCAUUGACUGGGGACAGCAUCUCGGCCAUUGUCGCUGGCAGCGAGCCAACAGCCUCGGCUCUCGUUGGUCUCUUCUAUGAGUUAGCCAAGCAUCCCAACCAAGCAGACAAGAUCUGCCACGAAGUCCUGCAGCCAGGGGUCGAUAUUCAGGAUGGGAACAGUCUUCUACGUUCAUGCCCGCACCUGGAGGCAGCUAUUUUCGAGUCACUACGACUGUACCCUUCGAUUCCCUCAGCUGGGAAUAGGAAGACGUCACCGAACGAGGGUACUACAAUCGGGGGAACUUACGUUCCUCCAAAUACCACGAUAGUAGCGCCUCGAUUUGUUAUCUCACGCCGCGAAGACUGCUUCGAAGACGCAAACCAAUUCAUCCCUGAACGGUGGACCACUCGCCCGGAGAUGGUGCACAACAAGGCUGCUUUCGCGCCGUUUGGAACUGGUGGCAAGAGCUGUAUCGGGCGAGCCCUGGCAAUGAACGAUAUGAUGCUUGUUGCAGCACACGUCGUAUCGCGGUACAAGAUGCGGUUUCCGCCGGGUGAGACGGGGGACUCGGUGUUUAAUGACUGGACUGAUAAUUUUACGUCGACGUUGGGACGGUUGCGUUUGGUAUUCGAGAUGAGGCAAUAG